AUGCCGAGCAAACUCGAAACAAAUCUUCGACAUUUGCGUGAACUUCUAGCAGAACGUCUCGUUAUUGAACCUAUGUUACCAGUAGAAACGAUUCUUAAAGUUAUUCGAUCCGAUGAAAUUCCGUCUGAUGUCUGGUUGGAUUGUCUGCGUGCUGCAGUUCAAGCUGAAAUGGAUGAUUCUAGGAACUCUACUUCUAUUUCAUUCGACUUCGCACCAGUUAUUGUGCCAAAAGUUGAUUUCAAUCGGCAGAUAUCUGAUUCAGCUUCAAACAUGCAACGAUCUCAACUGCGAGACCAAGACCAAAGUGCGUUUGAUCAACUUGACUUGGACGAUAUUUAUCUCACACAUCAGCUUCUUACAUCUGGAAUGUUCUCAAAAAUGAGCACGCCAUCAACACCAAAUCUACUGGCUGAAAUAGAUGAACCGUUAGAUGUCUAUCAGAUGACUUUGCAGGAAAAUCUUGCGGAAUUAUCACAAUUAAAAUGGGAUCAACCAGCAAUAAAUACAAUGCGAAAAAGAUUUAAGAGUCCAGAAAUAUUGAAUGAUAUCACAUCAUUAAAAACAGCCUUACUAGUCGUCGAAACCAUUGUUACAAAUGGAAUAUCAUUGCGGACGCAUAUUGAACGUAUUACUGAUAAAAUUAUCUCACAUCCAGCCCAUCAAUGGAUGAAAGAAUUAAACAAAAUUGUCGAUGAACAAGGCAAAGCUAAAUCAGUUCAUGUACUCCUUGAAGAGUUAGCUCGCGAAAAUCCAUCUUUAAAUAUCAGUGACUUAAAGAAUCAAUACGAUGAAGUAAUGUGCUACUAUCAUACAGAAACAUCUCAAAUGACAUCGGCACAUUUUCGAGAACAGCUCAAAUUCCGAAAUCAGUUCCAUAAAAUUGCUGUCAUCAUUCAAGCGGUACAUCUCUUUAAGCAAUAUCGUCCGAGAGACAUUCAAAUUUUAUCUCUUCUUCUUCUAAUUGGAAAUCCCGGUCACGACCAAGGUCGUUUAGCACAAAUACGCACUGGUGAAGGCAAAUCAAUCAUUGUUUCCAUGUUGGCCGUGUAUCUUUCACUUUCUCCAAUUAAUAAACGCGUUGAUAUAAUUACAACUUCUGAAAUUCUUGCUCAACGUGAUGCUGCUGAAUUCUCACCUUUCUACCGAAUGUUUGGUCUUUCAGUUGGUCAUAAUUGUUGUGAUCCUGAAACGAAACCAAAUUACAGUGUUCAUAUUGUUUAUGGAACAGGUGCACAUUUUGCCGGCAAUCUCUUACGAACAGAUUUUUAUUUAAAAACAGAAAUACGAGGAAACCGUCCUUACGAUGCAGCUAUUGUUGAUGAAGUUGAUAGCAUGUUCAUUGAUCAACGUCAGCAUUAUACACAAUUAGCAUCGCUAACACCAGGGUACAAGUCUCUAAACAUUAUAUUGAGAUUCAUAUAUUCAUUUUUUCAAAAAUAUAAUAUUACGGAAAACAAUGAAUUCGUCAUUGGACAAAACGACGGAUACUAUAAAGCCGAUGCAUUAAAAUUCAUCCGUGGUAAAAUGACCGAGAAAGAACUCAUUCGCUAUUCAGCCUAUCGUCAAGAAUACAUACAUAUGAAAUUACCUAAAUGGAUAAAAGGUGCGAAACAGGCACUCUAUGGCUUAACACUCAAUGUUGAUUAUGUCAUUAGUAAAGAUGGGCGUAUUGUUGUCGUAGAUUACGCUAAUACAGGGGUGUCUCAAUUGAAUAUGCACUGGAGCAAUGGUGUGCAUCAGUUUCUCGAAUUGAAACACAAUUUACGUAUGACACCUGAACGUAUGUGUGAUUCAUUCUUUUCUAAUGUUACUCUAUUCAAACGAUACCAACCUCAUCUAUAUGGAGUAACAGGGACUUUGGGUGGGAAAGAUGCACGAAAUUUCAUUCGAUCUGUGUACAAGAUCAACGCUUUCAAUGUACCUAAAUAUAUAGAUAGUGUUUUUGAAAUUUAUACAAGUAAGUUCAGUCAAGUCCAUGAACAGUGGUUGAACAACAUUUGUAAUGAAUGUCAUACGAUAGCUAUCCGUAAUGGCCGAGCUGUACUAGUUAUUUGUGAAACGAUUCGUGAAGUUGAAGAAAUUCAAUCAGUGCUGCGUUUUCAGAAUAUGCAUCUCAAAUUAUAUCUUCGAAGUGAUCUCGCUGAACAUGUUAAGCCUGAAGAAGUCCAUCAAGGUGAUGUGAUUGUGGCUACGAAUCUAGCUGGACGUGGAACAGAUUUGAAAACCAUGACGGCCGUUAAUGAACGAGGCGGUCUACAUGUAAUUGUGACAUUCAUGCCAAGAAACUCACGUAUCGAACAGCAAGCUUUUGGACGAGCAGGGCGUCAAGGGCAACCGGGCUCAGCUCGAUUAAUCCUUUACCAUGAACGAAUCGGUCAAGAACUCGACGGAAGAGUUGAUGAAGCUACAAUAGUUAAUAUUUGGAAACAUGCCAGAGACGAACAAGAAGAAAACGAAAUGAAAGAUGGUAUAGCAGAAGUAAAACGUGUCGAGAUGAAAGAUAAACUGCUCAUUCGCUUUCUUGAUAUAGCACAUUCACAAAAAACUAAACUCUCAUUUGCUGAUGACAUUUUCAAACCAGGAUUUAGUUCAUUACGUGAAUUAUGGGCUUCAAUUGUUGAUGCAGAUGAAGCUACAGCAGAACGGCGUUAUUCAAAAUUUGAGACAGAGAUUCAAAAACGGAUGAUGGAUUCAAUUGCUAUUUUAAAUAAUCAUUCUUCUGAGGAUGCACAAAACUUAAUCAAUGUUCAAUUUCAAGCAGUAAGCCAAUUGAUCGUUCAUCCAAAAUAUUUUAUUUAUGCUGGUUUUCAUGCCUUCUGUACAGAUAACGUGAAUGAUAGAAAAAGCCAAGCGUUGACCUUAUAUCGACGUGCAUUAGGCAUCGAUCCACAUGACUUCAUCGCUCAUUAUAAUACAGUACCAUGUCAUAUUGAAAAUAGUCAAACUUCUGUCGAUAGAGCUAUUCAAGCGAUGAAUGAAGCUAUUCGAUUGUUAAAUCAAGAAAUAGAAACACGCAAAAUAUUGGAGAUUUUUCAUGAUCCACCAAUGUCGGACGAGGGUAGCAAGGCUGUAUGUAGACGAAAAGAAGAAAUAAUUCGAGCUUAUUUAUCUAAUUCUAUUUUCUUAGGCUCAUGGACCAUCGAUCAAACAAGUCUUGCUGAAUUGAUCUAUCUUCAAAUUGUUCAUUCAACUUUUGAACAGAGUCGUGAACAAUUGAGACAAUUCGAUGAAAGUAAACAUGAUAUAUCCUGUGAGUUUAAACAUUGGCCAGAAACAUUGGAAUGCUUAAAAGGAACUAAAUUUGAGCCAUUAAUAAACCAUAUUAAUGCCGAACGUGAAGAAUGA